CGACACCAUUGCCAGUAGAGUAAUCGUGGCGGCAAUCGAAUUCGGCUUGAGCAUAUUUCCGGUCCGUAUACUUGGUUCAUGCAAUUGAUUAAAAGCAGCUGACAUCGCGAGCUAGCUAGCAGUUCGACCGCCGCAGCUCGCUCCGCAGUGAAUGGCGGCAGCCGCGUCCGGGACGGCGCUCCGGCGGCUCUACCUCUCCGCCUACAACUGGGUCCUCUUCUUCGGAUGGGCGCAGGUGCUGUGCUACGCGGCCUUGGCGCUGCUGGAGAGCGGCCACGAGGCCGUCUACGCCGCCGUCGAGCGGCCGCUGCAGUUCGCGCAGACCGCAGCCUUCAUGGAGAUUCUGCAUUCGAUUCUAGGGUUCGUGAGGUCUCCAAUUUCAACAACUCUUCCACAAAUCACUGGAAGAUUGUACAUCACAUGGGGCAUCUUGUGGAGCUUUCAUGAGGCGCAAUCUCAUGUUCUUCUAACUUCAUUGAUCAUAAGUUGGUCCAUCACUGAGGUCAUUAGAUAUUUUUUCUUUGCUAUGAAGGAGACAUUUGGGUUUGCACCUUACUGGCUCCUAUGGCUUAGGUAUAGCACUUUUCUGGUGUUCUAUCCUACUGGCAUGUUAAGCGAGGCUGGUCUAAUCUUAGUUGCCAUGCCUUUUAUGAAGACAUCAAGGAAAUACAAUCUUAUGAGGCCCAAUAAAUGGAAUUUCUCCAUCGACUACCGCUAUGAAUUGGCUCUUGUCACGGCUCUAAUCAUACCAGGUGAUGGCCCUUCUUGUUGAUGGCCACUAACGACAGAUGGACCACUUUGGCAUAGGUUAGUCUAUGCCUAAUAAAAGUUCUUCUAUUUCGACCCUUCUAGACACUCCACAUGACAUAUGAAAACCGACCAAUUAGCUUCUUUUUGACUCUCUUGUCGACUCACAGCAAUAUGGCAUCUCAACAAUUCACAGCCGAAGUGGAAGUUCCUGAAUAUUGAGCUAUUGCGUUCUCAUAGUCUAAAAAAUUGUUGACCAAGAGCUAUAUAUCAUUGGAAGGGACAAUCCUUACAAAUAUGGAUAACAUUCACUGAGGCCCUUUUGUGUGAGGAUCGUUCGAUGUGGAAUUACCAAGAGAGGAAAGUGUAAUUGGUCGGAAUCUUUGUACUUGAUCGUGAGACUUGGGUGUGUGCGUGUGUGUGGACUUGAUUUUGUAUGUGUGCUCUCUGACGGUUUGCUUUAUCUAUAAAGUGGGGCGAAAGCCUUUUUCGGUAAUUGGUCUUCCCAUGAACCUUCCA